AUCACUCUCCACUAUACAUACUCCCCCUAAUUUCUUGCUCUACAUUAUUCUCCUCCAUUAGCAGCCCCUUUUAAAGCAACACACACUUUCAUGCUCUGUUUUUUCAUCAUACAAUAGAGCAUGGAAAAACUCACCAUUUGUCUUCUCCUCUUACUCUUUUCCCUUUCCCUUUUCUCCAUUGCAGAUGGUGGUUCAAUUGGAGUGAACUAUGGUCGUGUAGCUAACAACUUACCAUCAGCAGUAAAAGCUGUAGCCCUUCUGAAAUCUCAAGGCGUAGAACGUGUUAAAGUCUAUGAUACUGACCCGGCUGUACUCAAAGCGCUUUCCGGGUCGGGUAUUAAGGUUACCGUUAACCUACCCAACGAGCUACUCUAUAAUGCCGCUAAACGCCAGUCAUUUGCUUACUCUUGGGUCCAGCGUAAUGUUGCUGCUUACUACCCUUCUACUCAAAUCGAAUCCAUUGCCGUUGGAAAUGAAGUUUUCGUUGACCCGCAUAACACGACCCGUUUUCUUGUACCCGCUAUGAAGAAUAUUCAUGAGGCUCUUUUGAAGUACAAUUUCCAUGACAAAAUCAAAGUCUCUUCUCCUGUUGCUCUUAGUGCAUUGCAGAACUCUUACCCGUCUUCUGCCGGGUCUUUUAGAUCCGAAUUGAUCGAACCCGUAAUUAAACCCAUGUUGGAUUUUCUCCGCCAAACUGGAUCCUUCCUUAUGGUUAACUGUUACCCGUUUUUUGCAUACGAGUCAAACUCCGACGUCAUUCCACUUGACUACGCUUUGUUCCGGGAAAAUCCCGGUGUUGUUGACGCCGGUAACGGACUCCGUUACUUCAGCCUCUUUGACGCUCAAGUUGACGCCGUUUUCGCUGCGUUAUCUGCUUUGAAGUACGAUGAUAUCAAAAUGGUCGUAACGGAAACUGGCUGGCCGUCUAAAGGAGACGACAUUGAAGUCGGUGCCAGCGUGGACAAUGCUGCCGCGUACAACGGCAACCUUGUCCGGCGAAUCCUCACCGGUGGUGGGACUCCUUUAAGGCCUAAAGAAGACAUCACAGUCUUCCUCUUUGCACUUUUCAACGAGAACAAAAAGCCGGGUCCCACAUCGGAGCGAAAUUUCGGGUUAUUCUACCCGAAUGAGCGAAAAGUUUAUGACAUACCGUUAAAUAUGGAGGGACUGAAACAUUAUAUUGACCGGCAGUCACCGGUUGCCGGCGGCGAGAGAAUGCAGAAAGGCGGGAAGGGGAAUGUGUCGACGGGUGUGCAGGGGCAAACGUGGUGUGUGGCGAGUGGUGAAGCGGGGAAGGAUAAUCUACAAGCAGCUCUAGAUUUCGCUUGUGGUGAGGGUGGAGCUGAUUGCCGUUCGAUUCAGCCAGGGUCCACGUGUUACAAUCCUAACACGCUGGAAGCUCAUGCAUCAUACGCUUUCAACAAUUAUUAUCAGAAGAAAGGCCGUGCGAUGGGUUCCUGUUAUUUUGGUGGGGCCGCUUACAUUGUUCAUCAACAACCUAAGUAUGGAAACUGUGAAUUACCCACUGAAGAUUGAGAAGGAGAGGAGAUAGACUGAAUUUUGAUGACCCUUAGUUGUUUAAGGAUAGCAGCAGCUCUUAUUUAUUGUAGCUCCUUUCAAUUCAGACUAUUCAUUUUUUUUUUUGUAAUUUUUAUCUCAUUAGUUGGUGUUGGUCGAGGAGAGCAAUGACUUUGUUCUAGUUGCUUCCUUUUUGUAAUUGUGUUGACAUCAGCUUACGACUAGUAUAUGUUGCUAUAUUUUUGGUUCUUUCGUGCAUAAA